AUUCGAUGUUUCAAAUCGACGAGUGGUUGGUCAGGAGGCCGCUGCAUCCGAGACGCUCCUUCCAGUUGCAGAAUCCGCUCGUCGUGGGAAAUGUUCCGAGGUCAGCAUGCUGAACGGCAUCAGGAGAUCAGACCCCGGGUAGCGACACUUCGGCUUAAUUUCAAGGACCAGGUAGCGAUGUCGAGUUCCUGGCGAAGUCAAUAUCGUUGACCGAUCAUCCACGAUACGAAUCGUCUGCUCAUUUCUCCUUCGACCCUGGUGGAUUGUCAGCCAAUGCCGGCUUGGUCGGUCUGCGACCAAAGUGCAGCCGAGACGCUUACUUUAAAGGUCUCACUCGUCUUUCGAGGCGAUUCGCGUUCCUACAACCUGCUGCAUCCUCCAGUGCACCAGGAACAUCCCAUCGAACGCUUCUGCACGCCGUCAAAAAUCCAUCCAAGACAGUUCUCGCUUCACGCCGAACUUCACAAAGACGUUGACCAAGACAAGACUUCUCAACGACAUGAAGCU